ACAUACCCUCCACCAGAUAUUCGCAACCCAACUCGAAGGUUCUCUCUUCUUUUUCAUCGAGUGAGAAGUGAAGAGGAAGUUGAAUUUCAGAGACACUGUGACUGUAAAGAGAGAAAUGGGAGACCGCUCCUUCCCAAAUGAAAUGCCAGACUACAUACCAGAAACAACGACAACAGCAGUGGACGAAACAGUCACUGAAAGAAACAACAAAGACUCACUUACAAAUCUCCUGUCUUUGCCGUACAACAUUCUCUCUCAAAGACUUAAAGCAUCAGCCCUGGACGUCAAAGACACAGUGGUGAGGGAGACAUGGGGAAUGAGUGGGAAGAGAGUGAAAGAUUAUAGUUUGUACACCGGGGCAUUAGGGACUGCAUACUUGCUUUUUAAAGCAUACCAAGUUACCAAGAAUCAGAAUGAUCUUAACUUGUGCUCUGACAUUAUCAAGGCUUGCGAUUCUGUUUCUAGAGAUUCUGGACGUGUGACAUUUAUAUGUGGACGGGCUGGUGUUUGUGCUCUUGGUGCUGUUGCAGCAAAGCAUGCUGGGGAUGGAAGGUUAUUAGAUCAUUACUUAGCUCAGUUCAAAGAGAUCAAACUUCCUAGUGAUUUGCCAUAUGAGUUAUUAUAUGGGAGAGCUGGGUUCUUAUGGGCCUGCUCAUUUCUAAAUAAGCAUAUUGGUAAAGAAACCAUAUCUACAAGCCGCAAAAGAGCAGUUGUGGAUGAAAUAAUUAAGGCUGGAAGAUUGACACGCAAGGGAAAAUGUCCACUGCUGUAUGAAUGGCAUGGAAAAAGGUACUGGGGUGCUGCCCAUGGACUGGCUGGAAUCAUGCUUGUUUUGAUGGACUUGGAACUGACACCAGAUGAGGUGGAGGAUGUCAAGGGUACUUUACACUACAUGAUUAAGAACCAUUUUCCCAGUGGCAAUUAUCCUUCAAGUGAAGGAAAUAAAUCUGAUUGCCUUGUGCAUUGGUGUCAUGGGGCUCCUGGGAUUGCUCUUACCCUUGCGAAAGCAGCUGAGGUUUUUGGAGAUAAGGAGUUUCUGCAGGCAGCAAUGGAGGCAGGGGAGGUGGUUUGGAACCGGGGUUUGCUAAAGCGAGUUGGCAUAUGUCAUGGAAUCAGUGGAAAUACCUAUGUUUUUCUUUCACUCUACCGAUUAACAGGUAAUGUGGAGUACUUAUACAGGGCCAAAGCCUUUGCUUGCUUUCUACAUGAUAGAGCACAAAAACUUGUAUCAGAAGGGAAGAUGCAUGGAGGUGAUCACCCCUAUUCACUGUUUGAGGGUUUUGGAGGAAUGGCUUAUCUCUUCCUUGACAUCCUUGAACCAUCGGAAGCCAGGUUCCCUGCUUAUGAACUUUAGAUCGCCAUAUAAUAUUUCGACUGUUACUAGAUGUAUCAUAUCAUGUUUGCUUGUAAACCUUAAUACAGUCUGUAUAUAUUUGAAAGGAUUUAGCUACUUGAUUA